GUAUAAGUUCGCGUGAUAUUUUCCCUUCUGUUUCCCAAACUAUCCUAUAUCUGAUUAAGUAUUUCUGUUUUUUUUCUUCGCAGCCUCAAAUGAACUUCAUCUCGAAGGUCGGUACAAUGAGACUGCUUCAUCGUUUGGGACUCGGCAUAUUGUGUGGUCUUCUGUUACUGUUUGUGUUUGUGAGGUUUUCUGAAAGCCCUCUGAGGAAAUAUCAGCUUCCUUCUGCUGCAAAGCCAGAACCCAGAGACCAUGUAGACACCUCCCUGGAUCUCAGCUCCCGAACCGAUGUGACGACAUCAACGGACUGGGGAGCUCCCAUUUUGUGGGACGGGAUGUUUGAUCCUGACACCUACGACAAGUAUCACCAAAAAAUGGGCACCUCUGUGGCACUGACUGUGUUCGCCGUCGGGAGAUAUCUGGAAGCGUACCUGAUGGAUCUGCUGUCCUCAGCGGAACUCCACUUCAUGGAGGGUUUACCGGUGACGUACUACGUGUUCACCGACGCCCCAGAGAACGUGCCGGGGCUCCAGCUGAAGACUGGCCGGGCCCUGGAGAUCAUCAAGAUCAAGAGGCACGAGCGCUGGGAGGACAUCUCCAUGAUGCGCAUGAAGACCCUCGCGGACGCCAUCCAGACACGCAUCCGUCACGGCCACCGGUACGUCUUCUGCCUGGACGUGGACAUGGUCUUCGCCGGUCGCUUCGGCUCGGAGGCACUCGGGGAGUCGGUUGCCCUGCAGCACUCCUCCUUCUACAACACCCCCAAGGUAAGGUACACCUACGACCGCAACCCCAACUCCACGGCCUGCAUGGAGACUGGGGACCUGUACUACCACGCGGCCGUGUUCGGGGGCACGUGGGAGUCCGUGGUGAACCUGACCGAGAGCUGUCACCGGGGCAUAAUGACGGACAAGAGGAACGGGGUGCAGGCUCUGUGGCACGACGAGAGCCACCUCAACAAGUACUUCUGGCUCAACAAGCCCAGUAGAGUGCUCUCGCCAGAGUACGGCUGGAAUCCCCUCAACGGGCCCAGCCGAGAGAUACACGUCAAGCGGCUGCUCUGGGCUGAGAAACACUACAGCAGACUCAGGACCUAGAGGUACCAUGGACCAAAAAUAAAACAAAAAUAAAACCUUUUUAUGCGCGAUAUAUCAGGAAACAAUUGCACAUUUACAACAUGCAGUACUAACUUAUUUUUGGCACGAUUAUGUUGUGUGAAGUUUUACUCACAAAAAAACAGUUUUAAAAGUGUGAAAAAAUGCAAAAAUGUAUCUGCUUGGAGCCGAUUCACUUUGGAAUCUUUGAAGCUCAAUAUAUCAAAACCACUCAGGACACAGAGCCUUAUCCUGUAACUCCAAGAUCACAAAAUAUUUUGCCCCAAUUAAAAAAAAUGAUUUCAGUUAUCAGCACAGAACUGUAAAACUUGCAAAAAAUGCUAAACAUUUCCGGCCAUUUGUCACGGAUGUUUGAAUUGAAUUCGUAAAACUGUCUUUUCUCUGUGGGCAGAGAGGUAGUGGGGGUGACUUCAGGAAAUAGCAAAGCGCUAAGUCACUGCGGGGAAUGCUAUCGUUUCGUUAAAAGGUCCGUUCUGUAUUUACAUUUUCAUUGACUUGCCAAUGAGCAAUGAGCUCUGGUGCAGUUCCCUAGCAACGCAAUUAAAGAUUGCAAAAAACAAAAAACCACUUGCCUACUUGGAAGUUAGCCGGGCUACUUUGUUCAACUUCCCAGUCCUUCCCAUGUUAAUUUUAACAUCGUCCGGAAAUUCCAAUGGCUGCCUCGAAGCUAAACGACUUGUUAGAAAAAUCUAUUUAAAUAAAAACUGGUUGUAUGCUUUACAAAUUGGUAAACAGCGAAGAAAUGUAGGCCUAAUGUAGGGCUUUACCAUCCAAAAUACCAGAAUGUAGUAUUUCAACAGGAAACAUCUGGCUGGAAAUGGUCUGGCCUUAAAACACCCAGUUCCCUUCAUGGGGUUAUUACGACUGGAUCAUUGACAAUAUCAAUUUUAGUAUGCCUGUGUCUGAACCCAGGAGAGGAAUAAAAUUCUAAUUCCAUCCAUUUCAUGUUGCAACCACACCCACUUUAUGCUUGUAACUAUCAAGAUUUCUUAAAACUUCAAACAGUGGCUUAUUGUGGUUUGAGACAAACAAGAUUUUAAUUACAUGAAUACAUACACAAGGCCACCUUUUGUUGCAGUUUGUGAUGUCUUAUCAGCUAUGGUGUUUUCCAUUCGAAGCGCAGUUAAUGGCUUUAAAUCUCUUAUUUUCCUUAAAGUAUUUUGUGGAAUUGUUAAUUGCAUUGCUAAUUUAAAUGUUUUUAUAUUUAUUACGACUUACAGAGUAGGGGAGAGCUGGGUAAGUUGUCACGCUGUUCAUUCCUCUAACACUCGUCACUUCCUCAAAAAAUGUUAAUGCGGCAGCCUGCAGCGUAGUGGUUAAGACUGGGACCCGCAAGGUGUAGCCACAGUGAGAUCCACACAGCCGUUGGGCCCUUGAGCAAGGCCCUUAACCCCUCAUUGCUCCUAUUUAGUCUACUUUGGUCAACUUCCUGUUUUUUGUGGUCAAAGCCAUAGAUACAGAAACGUAGAUACCUCAUUGACCCCUGCUCUGUGUCGUCGCUUUGAAUGUGAUAAUCAAAAUAUACAUUAUAACUAUCCAAAGUAAUAUUCUUAUCGGCCUAGGUAACUAUAGCUGUGAAAUAACUGUAGUGGAGUAAUACUGCAUUUGGGUAAUAACCGCAUAUUUGAUUUAGCUGUCCCUGUGGCUAAUACCACCACAAAGGUAGAGAGUCAAAGGUAGAGACACACCGGUCAGGUAUCCUGUUUGGGUGGGGGUCUAGAAACUGAUGCUAUUUUUUAAUAGUCUUAGAAUAAAGUCCGGUCUGGUCGGAGUAUCCUAAUCUUACUAAAUUGAAUUUACGAGCAGGAAAUACAACAUCUACUGAGAAUUAAAAGAGUGAUCACAGCGUUAUUGUGGUUAAUUACAGUCAUGCUGGUGGCACUUGGACCAGCCCAGCAGACCCUAUAAAACAAUCUCCAGUCGACACAGUAAUGAGUCUCUAACCACCACCCAUGAUUGCUCCAAACUUGAGUCCAGCUAGAAGGGAGUGUGCUUAAAGGAAGACUCAUUUGCACUGCAGUCCGCAAACCAAACGUCCAGAAAGGGAAUAGAUCUGGAGGAUUUCCUUAUUAUACUCAAAUAUGACUAGCAUUUUUCCAAAUAGUCUACUCCACAGAUAUGACCUAUGACUGACUGCUGACCACCCAGAUAUAGCUGCCACGCAGAUGCGCGUGCUCGAACGCGGUAUCUACGUUUCUAUAUCUAUGGUCAAACUAAUCACAUGUGAUUAUUUUUCACCUUCAAAAGUAAUAAAAUGGCACUACACAUUUUAUGUAAUAAAACUCUUUUUCUAGGAGUGUUGAAACGAAAUGUGAGAAAACAGUGAAAAGUGUGACAAUAUGCCGUCCUCUCUCCUAUUUAAGAAGAAUUUUAUGUUCUGUCCUGUGGAUUUUCAGUGCUGUAUCUAGGUUUGGACUACAGUGAUUUCUUGUAAUGUAAUUUAAUGUAUUAUAAUGAAUUCUUAAACAAUCUUGAAAUGGGAAUUGAUUUGUGAUGAAUAUAAAUCAAUCAUUUGAUGAUGUACAAUACUGUGCAAAGGUUUUAGGCAGGUGUGAAAAAAUGCUGUAAAGUAAGAAUGCUUUCAAAAAUAGAAAUAUUAAUAGUUUAUUUUUAUCAAUUAACAAAAUGCAAAGUGAGUGAACAGAAGAAAAAUCUAAAUCAAUUCAAUAUUUGGUGUGACCACCCUUUGCCUUCAAACCAGCAUCAGUUCUUCUAGGUACACUUCGAAGUGGUGUGUGAUUAACCAAUUAUACCAAACAGGAGCCAAUGACCCUCAAUUUAAUAUGUUUGUUGAAAGACAAUAAUUAACUGAAACAGAAACAGCUGUGUAGGAGGGUUAAAACUGGGUGAGGAACAGGCAAACUCUGCUUCCAAGGUGAGGUUACUGAAGACAGUUUAAUGUCAGAAGUCAUACACCAUGGCAAGACUGAGCAUAGCAACAAGACACACGGUAGUUAUACUGCAUCAGUAAGGUCUCUCUCAGGCAGAAAUUUCAAGGCAGACAGGGGUUUCCAGAUGUGCUGUCCAAGCUCUGUUGAAGAAGCACAAAGAAACGGGCAACAUUGAGGACCGUAGAUGCAGUGGUCGGUCAAGGAAACUUAAUGCAGCAGAUGAAAGACACAUCAUGCUUACUUCCCUUCCCAAUUGGAAGAUGUCCAGCAGUGCCAUCAGCUCAGAAUUGGCAGAAACCAGUGGAGCCCAGGUACAUCUAUUGUGCUGGUCAGAAGUGCAGAAGUCUUCAUGGAAGAAUUGCAGCUAAAAAGCCAUACCUCCGACAUGGAAACAAGGCCAAUGACUGAACUAUGCAUGAAAACACAGGAACUGGGGUGCAGAAAAAUAGCAGCAGGUUCUCUGGGCUGAUGAGUCAAUGUGAAAUAUUUGGCUGUAGUAGAAGGCAGUUUGUUCACCGAAGGGCUGGAGAGCGGUACAAGAAUGAGUGUCUGCAGGCAACAGUGAAGCAUGGUGGAGGUUCCUUGCAAGUUUGAGGCUGCAUUUCUGCAAAUGGAGUUGGGGAUUUGUUCAGAAUGAAUGGUCUCCUCAAUGCUGAGAUACUUAUCCAGGCAGAUAAUUAUCCAUCAUGCAAUACCAUCAGGGAGGCAUCUGAUUGGCCCCAAAUGUAUUCUGCAGCAGGACAACCCCAAAUAUACAGCCAAUGUCAUUAAGAACUAUCUUCAGCAUAAAGAAGAACAAGGAGUCCUGGAAGUGAUGGUAUGGCCCCCACAGAGCCCUGAUCUCAACAUCAUUGAGUCUGUCUGGGAUUACAUGAAGAGACAAGCAUUUGAGGCUGCCUAAAUCCACAGAAGAACUGUGACUAGUUCUCUUAAGAUUUUUGGAAUAACCUACCUGCCAAGUUCCUUCAAAAACAUUGUGCAAGUAUACCGAGAAGAAUUGAUGCCGUUUUGAAGGCAAAGGGUGGUCACACCAAAUAUUGAUUUGAUUUUGAUUUUUCUUAUGUUCAUUUACUUCUUCUGUUUAUGCAUUUUGUUCAUUGAUAGAAAUGUUAAUAGUUUAUUUUUAAUUUUUAAGUAAUUAUUCUUUUACAGCAUUUUUUCACACCUGCCUAAAACUUUUGCACAGCACUGUAUGUGUGAAGAUGUGCACUGUGCUUCUGUGUCCACUAUGGCCACAUUUCCUUGUAAUGAGUAAGUGAAUUAAAGGUAAUCAAAUUUGUGUGUUGACAACUUUAAUCUGUAGAGCCUCUCUACUAUUCUGUAUCUCCACCACUGGAAGCUGGAAUGGACAAAGUGAUUAUCUCUCGGCUCUGGAACAUGGAGUAACCCGUUUCCUUUUCGGAGAUAGAGAAGUAUGGCUGGUAUAGGAGUGUCAACCUUUGACCUUUCGUUGCUCUGAAUAAGAGUCUACUAAAUGCCUGUAAUGUAAUGUAAAAAAAAUAUAUUUAUGUUAUUUAUGUUAUCAGGUGAUUAUGGCAAUGGUUGCCAUUUAAAAUGUUCUUGUGUAAUAAACCAGACACACUGUGGAAUAUAAUGAUACUGAA